CUUCCUGUUGUGCUCUCCCUUUCCAGCUGGCGGAUCUCCUGUCCUCUUCUUGCUCGUCUUUCACCUGGUUGCUGUUUCGAUUAUCUUUGAAUCGUCAUCAUGUCGUCCACUCCUGAAGAAUUCAGUGUUGCCAACCUCUUCAACCUCAAGGGCAAAAUUGCUCUCGUGACAGGAGGUGGGACGGGCAUCGGCUUGAUGAUCUCACAAGGUCUAGCCGCAAACGGGGCAAUCGUCUACGUCGGAAGCCGGAGAAAGGAGGUGGUGGAGAAGGUUUCGGGCCCAUUCGGUGCUGGGGAGAUCAGGCCCCUUGUUCUCGACGUGACCGACAAGGAGUCUAUCCUCUCUGCAGUCGCCUUCUUUGAGCGAGCGCACAGCAAGCUCGACUUCCUAGUGAACAAUGCUGGACAGGUCGGCCCCACCUCAGACUGGUUCACCGAGCUGUCUGCUCCCGAGCAGAAGGAAGUGGGCAACAACUUAUUCAAGGAUCAAUCCCUCGAAGCGUGGGCCUCCCAUUGGCAAGCAAAUGUCGGGAGCAUAUUCUUCGUCACGACAGCAUUCUUGGAGUUGCUCAAGAAAGCGUACAUCCCCGGGCAGGGCGAUGGAUAUGUGGAACGCUGGAGCCCAAGCGUUGUCAACAUCACCAGCAUUAGCGGGAUAAUGAAGCUCGCUCAGGAUCACUUUUGCUACAAUGCUGCCAAGGCAGCAGCAAACCAUCUCACCCUCAUGCUGUCCACCGAGCUUGCCCUGCGCAGAGUCCUAGUGCGGGUGAAUGCCAUUGCUCCUGGUGUAUACGGAAGUGAGAUGACGUCCGGCCAUACCAAUGGUCAUUUUACCGCUGCAGCGGCGAAUGCUGUAGGCAAAGGUCUGACCCCUCUCCCCUCUGCUCGAGGCGGAACAGACCGCGAGAUUGCUGGUACUGUGUUAUAUCUUGUUAGUCCAUCUGGUUUCUACACCAACGGUCAGAUUAUAGCUGUUGAUGGAGGAUUUGUUGCGACGAACCCUUGAAGGGCAGCGACGGAAUUGUAAACAACACAGAAGAGAACGGGCAGAAGUGUAAACAACAGAUCAAUUUACGCGAAGUCUAGGUAUCCGCAUUAGUAUGGCGAAGGCCCUUCAAGUGGGCUACGAAUGAAUAUCAAGGUUCAUAGGGUUCAUGAGUCUUGCCGUUCUUAGGCGCCCAUGUGAACAAAAGGGACCCAGCGAAAAGCGUCAAUACCGUUUUCUCGGAGCUUGUUGACUGCAUAGUGCAGAGCCGGGGCACCUUCCCGAUAGUCCGGCUUUCGACCACCCCGAGUCAUGUAUUCGUAAACGUACUUGGCAACGAGCGGCCCGUCUUGAUCCACAAUCCCCCACUGCGUGGCGAUGAUGCUCUUAUACCCUGCAAGGUAGAGGCCGCUCGCGAUAUGCACGAUCUCGUCAGCGGCGCGAGGAUCGGCCCGAGCAGUGUGGCAGGCAGAGAGGAAGGCAAACUCGGCUCGGUCCAACUUCUUGUUCAUCAGAUCCGCGAGUCGCAAGUAAUGACCUUCUUGGAGAGCAAGGCCAGAAUUGUAGAAAUUGUCAAAAUCGUGGAAACCAUGACAGCAUAGAUGAAGGAAAUUGUGGUGUUCCAAUUGAUCUGUCACUGCUGUCACGGUCGCGCGGUCACCGUCUAGAGGGGUGACCAGAGCCGAGGGGAUGGUAGCGUAAAUCGCAGCCAUCUCACGUCCUAAAUUUGGCAGAUACGCCCGACCCGGUGUGCUUGAUUGCGUCACCGCAAGCAUACGAAACUCCGUCGGGUUGUUCUUAUGCGAAAAUGCUCUAAUAAGGGCAGUGAGGGUGCUUGUAUAUGAGAGGCUGAGUAACGAGGCCAGGCUAAGGCUGGGGUCCCGCAUGGAGGUAGCAGCGUGCAAGGGGAGCAAGGCC